AUGCGCCUCCCCACCUCGACUAGGUUAAAAAUUGAUCCGAACAAAGAAGGGAAAGUCAUCUUGCGUAUAAAGCGUUCAGCAGUGUUCCCCCGGUCUGGCGGGCGGCGGCGGGCGUUCCUGGUCUGGCAGGCGGCCGCGUGCGUUCCCCCCAUCGGGCGCAACUGUCAAGAAAUCAAGCACUUGUGGCUGGAGUUCAGCCAUCCUGUGGAAAGCCUGGCACUGACUGUGGAGGAGGUGAUGGACGUGCGCCGUGUGCUGGUAAAGGCUGAGAUGGAGAAGUUCCUGCAGAACAAAGAGCUCUACAACAACCUGAAGAAGGGGAAGAUAUGCUGCUGCUGUCGGAUCAAGUUCCCACUCUUCUCCUGGCCACAAACCUGUCUUUUUUGUAAGAGAGCUGUCUGCUCUUCGUGUAGUGUCAAGAUGAAGAUGCCAUCUAAGAAGCUGGCCCAUAUCCCUGUGUACACACUGGGCUUUGAGAGUCUUCCCAGGGCUUCAAGUGCCACAGCCACAGCCACACAGAGAAAAGACAUCUUCCAGUCCCUGCAGGGGCCCCAGUGGCGGGGCGUGGAGGAGGAAUUCCCUCACAUCUAUGCCCAUGGCUGCCUCCUGAGGGGCGUCUGCAGUGACUGCACCAGCUUCGUGGCGGAGGUGGUCCGCUCCAGCCGCAAGAGCGUGGAUGUCCUCAACACCACGCCGCGCCGUGCCCGCCAAACCCAGUCCCUCUACAUCCUUUCCGCCAGGACUCUGGACUUGUAG